ACACCAUCUUCACCACUUUUGCCCUCUACUCUCUGUGUAUAUUUGCCAAUUGUUCUUCUACUCGAGCAGCAGUCUAUCGAACAAAGUGCACGCCUUUUUCAUACCUCACACAUCCACACAGAAACAAUGUCUGCAAUUCAACUCACUCCCUCUAAAAAGGCUGCUUCCGCCAUUGAGACACUCAAGAUGUCAGACUCGCCAGCAAAGAAGCUCAACUUCGCGUCGGAAGACAAGGAGAACGUCUACAGGCCCAUCGUCGGCAUCCCAGAUCUGGAUGAUGUCGAGGAGGUCACCGACAAGAAGCCCACCACCGCAUCCACAAUCAGACCCGAGGAGGCCGACGAGCCCCUCCUUCAAGAGAACCCCCACCGCUUCGUGCUCUUCCCCAUCAAGUACCAUGAUGUCUGGCAAAUGUACAAGAAGGCUGAGGCCUCUUUCUGGACCGCCGAGGAGAUUGAUCUCUCCAAGGAUCUUCACGACUGGAACAAGCGUCUCAACGAUGACGAGCGCUUCUUCAUCUCCCACGUCCUUGCCUUUUUCGCCGCCUCCGAUGGUAUCGUCAACGAGAACUUGGUCGAGCGAUUCAGCGGAGAGGUUCAGAUCCCCGAGGCGCGAUGCUUCUACGGUUUCCAGAUCAUGAUGGAGAACAUCCACUCCGAGACUUACUCUCUCUUGAUCGACACAUACAUCAGCGAGCCCAAGCAGCGCCAGUACCUCUUCAACGCCAUUGACAACAUCCCAUGCAUCCGCAAGAAGGCCGACUGGGCAUUGAGGUGGAUCUCUGACAAGAACUCCACCUUCGCCAACCGUCUCAUUGCUUUCGCUGCUGUCGAGGGUAUCUUCUUCAGUGGUUCCUUCGCCUCCAUCUUCUGGUUGAAGAAGCGUGGACUCAUGCCUGGUCUUACCUUCUCCAACGAGCUCAUCUCUCGUGACGAGGGUAUGCACACUGACUUUGCCUGCCUCUUGUUCUCUCUCCUCAACAACCGCCCCGACAAGAAGGCCGUUGAGGCCAUCAUCACUGAGGCUGUCGCCAUUGAGCAGGAGUUCUUGACUGAGGCUCUCCCCUGCGCCCUCCUCGGCAUGAACGCCAACCUCAUGUGCCAGUACAUUGAGUUCGUUGCUGACCGUCUGUUGUUGUCUCUCGGCAACCCCAAGUACUACAACGCCACCAACCCCUUCGACUUCAUGGAGAACAUCUCCCUCGCCGGCAAGACCAACUUCUUCGAGAAGCGUGUCGGUGACUACCAGAAGGCCGGUGUCAUGGCCAGCACCAAGAAGGCUGAGGAGGGUGCCACCUCUCCUGGCGAGGAGGCCAACAAGUCUGGCGAUUUCUGCUUCGACGAGGACUUCUAGACGUGUCAUCGUCUUUGUUUGAAUUCCUUUAUUCUUAUAUAUCCCGUCGGUACAGGGCAGAGCAGGGCAGGCCAAUGUGCUUUUCCCUUUUACUGGUCGCGCAUUUUCAUUUUCACUAUUUACUUUUUUGCAUUGCCGGAGUCUGACAUGGCAUGGGCAUGGCAUUGUCGGUCGAGUUGGGGUUAACCACUCAACUCUUUUUUUGCUGCCUACUCCUCUUUUUUGAUACCUCUUCUCUCUAAAAUAUGUAUGUCACUUUGGAUACUUUGGCGUUAAAACAGGCAUUUCCACUUGUCACCGGGGCGAGCGAAAUGGAUGGACGGUUGGAUGGAUGGAAUGGACUGGGACGGGUUGGGAUAGGACGAAUGUGUCGCACAGCGGCGGUGGUAUGUGUCAACGGUUUCCAUAGCAUAAUGAAUAUAUCUAUCUAC